UAGUCUGCCACUUCCGGUAUUUACCGUUUUCUCUUUCCGCCGGUAAAGAAAGUGCGAAAUCACCACCACAAACAGUGAUCAUGUCGUUAGUGAAAACAAUCGAAGAAGAUUCUCAGUUUGACGUGGAACUGACAAAUGCGGGCUCUAAGCUGGUUGUUGUCGAUUUCUUCGCAACAUGGUGUGGACCCUGUAUAGGCAUUGCUAAAAAAUAUGAAGAGCUUAGUGAGGCCUACAAAAAUGUGGUUUUUCUCAAAGUCGAUGUGGACAUAUGCCAGGGGACAGCAAGUAAAGAAGGCGUAACUGCCAUGCCAACAUUCAAAUUUUACAAGAACAAAACAAAAGUUGAUAUUCAACGGGGGGCAGAUCCUGUACAACUGGAGGAGAAAAUCAAACAGCGCAUGGGGAAUGCCGAGGAAGGGGAGGACGACACUGUCGUCAAGGGUCAUAUGGAUCUCGCGGCAUUCAUCAGCAAGUCUGGCUGUGAAUGUCUAAAUGAGGCCGAUGACCAUCCUCUGGUGCACGCGUUCACAACCAAGGGAGGCUACCUGGAGUCGGACUGUGAUGAACAGCUGAUAAUCAAUGUUGAGUUCAACCAGAGUGUAAAGUUACAUUCCCUGAAAAUCUAUGGACCUGCAGAAAAUGGACCCAAAACUGUUAAGAUUUUCCAAAAUCUUCCGAAUACCUUGGACUUUGACAAAGCUGAAAACAUGGAACCAACACAGACGUUAGAACUUACCCCAGAGGAUGUGAUGGAAGGCACUCUAAUAAAUCUACGAUACGUCAAAUAUCAGAAUGUCCAGAGUAUAACGAUAUUUGUCAAAGACAACCUGGGAGGAGCAGACACUACACAGAUAAAUUACCUAGGAUUUGUAGGCAGCACGGCAGCUUCUACAAACAUGUCCGACUUUAAACGCGUUGCUGGGAAGAAAGGAGAAAGCCACUAACACCAGGAUUGCGCUGUAACCUCAGAAUAAAUAAACAGAAGAAAAAACCA